ACGGUAAAACUGAGCGGUGACAGGCGGCCAAAGCGUGGAGACCGGUGGAGGGGCUCAGCAUUCACUAUAAUGCAGGAAGGAACGAGGGUAUAGAUUGCAAACAUCUUCAAGGCGCUGCAAUAGCAGGUUACAAGAUCUGAAACAAAUCCCUGCUCUUAUGGCUGACUAGUUGUCCAAUGCGUCAUAUUUCGAGACCCUUUCGUGAAAUUAUUUGGCGAAAGCUAGGUAACUACAUGCAUUUAUUUUUCGUUUAUUUAUACCUAAUCUAAUGUUUGCAUAGCACGUAUCACUUUACUGUGAAUCGGCUUCAUCUUUGCGAGUGUUAACGAUUCUCGUUAAAUAAACCGAUAACAGGAUUUAACAUGAAUGAAAAGCAUGUCAUGACUGAAGACUCUUCUAAAGAUUAGCUAACUCCUAAAAAAAAUAAAUGCUGUAAUUUACUGACAAUCUACAGUCUGCAAACCGAAAGUAGUACGAAUACUAAAUAACCUUGCAAUGGGUAUGAUUCAUCUGUGAACCGCAACGUCCUAAUUUAAGGGAGGAAUUUUAUGUUGCCUGAAAGCCACUCUUUAAAGCCAGCUCCUCCAACGUGAAAAUGGUGCAGAAGUAUCAGUCUCCAGUCAGAGUGUAUAAGCACUCCUUUGAAAUGGUCAUGGCGGCGUAUGAGAAGCGCUUCCCCACCUGCCCCCAAAUCCCCGUGUUCGUGAGCAGCGAGGUCCUCAGCGAGGCCAUCAGCAACGACAGCUCCCUGCACGUCAUCGAACGCAGCUGCAAGCUCAACGUGGACGCCCCCCGCCUGCUGAAAAAGAUCGCCGGCGUGGAGUAUGUGUACUUCAUCCAGAAGAACACCCUCAACUGGAAGGACAGGACGUUGCUCAUCGAGGCCCAUAAUGAAACCUUCGCCAGCAGGGUGACGGUUCUCGAGAAAUGUAGCUACAGCGUUCAUCCUGAGAAUGAGGAGUGGACGUGCUUUGAGCAGUCAGCCUCCUUGGAUAUCAAGUCCUUUUUCGGCUUCGAGAACACAGUGGAGAAGAUCGCGAUGAAGCAGUACACAGCCAACAUCAAGCGGGGCAAGGAGGUGAUUGAGUACUAUCUGAAUGAGCUCAUAGCUGAGGGCAUCACUGAGAUACCUCGCUGGGUCCCACCCGAGCAGAAGGUCCCGGCCAAGCCGGCCGCCCCCCCCUGUGACCUCCCCCCUCACCCCACACCUGUCUCCAGACUGGCCCUCAACUCGCUGGCACACAGCAGCGGGAAGGAGGCCAGCAAUGCUGCUGACCCCUCCAAUCCAGACGCCGACAAGCUGGAUGCCGAAUACAUCGAGCGGUACCUGGGACAGUUAACACCCAUGCAGGAAAGCUGUCUGAUUCGCCUGCGGCAGUGGCUGCAGGAGACGCACAAAGGAAAGUCAGAAGCUGGUGAAUGGAAGGCAGAGAAGAUCCCCAAAGAUGAGCACAUCCUCCGCUUCCUGCGUGCCCGCGACUUCAACCUGGACAAGGCGCGCGAGAUGCUGUGCCAGUCUCUGGCCUGGAGGAAGCAGUACCAGGUGGACUACAUCCUGGAGACCUGGAGGCCGCCGGGCUUCCUGCAGGAGUGCUACGCCGGCGGCUGGCACUUCCACGACAGCGACGGCCGGCCGCUUUACAUCCUGCGCCUUGGCCAGAUGGACACCAAGGGACUGGUGAAGGCCCUGGGGGAGGAGGCCCUGCUCAGACACGUUUUGUCAAUCAAUGAGGAAGGACAGAAAAGAUGUGAAGAAAACACCAAGAUAUUUGGAAGACCUAUCACGUCGUGGACUUGCCUGGUGGACCUGGAGGGUCUGAACAUGCGGCAUCUCUGGAGGCCUGGCGUGAAAGCUCUCCUCCGCAUCAUCGAGGUGGUGGAGGCUAACUACCCUGAGACGCUGGGCCGGCUCCUCAUCGUGCGAGCUCCUCGGGUCUUCCCCGUGCUCUGGACCCUGGUCAGUCCGUUCAUUAACGACAACACUCGGCAGAAAUUCCUCGUCUACAGCGGGAACAAUUACCAGGGAGUGGGAGGGCUGGUCGAUUACAUCGAUAAAGAGAUCAUCCCCGACUUCCUCGGGGGAGAUUGUAUGUGCACUGUCCCAGAAGGAGGCCUCGUACCAAAAUCUCUGUACCAGACAGAAGAGGACCUUGAAAACUCAGACCACAUUAAACUGUGGACAGAAACUAUAUAUCAGUCAGCUCAUGUCUUCAAAGGAGCUCCUCACGAGAUCGUCAUUGAGAUCCUAGAAAGCUCUUCAGUCAUCACCUGGGACUUUGACAUCCUGAAGGGGGACCUGGUCUUCAACAUCUUCCACUCCAAAAGGUCUCCACAGACUAUCAAGAAGGACCCAUUGACCUCCACCCCUGGUGUGGACAACGUCCAGCUGAUUGAGAAGAGCUGGGUCCUGGGCGUGGAUUAUAGCAUGGUGGAGUCUUCGCUCGUAUGCCGAGAGGGCGAGAGCAUCCAGGGCUCCCACGUCACCCGCUGGCCCGGCCUCUACAUCCUCCAGUGGAAGCUAACAGGCCCCGCCUCCUGCUCCAGCAACGCCCUGCCCCGCGUGGACGACAUGCUGGCCUCUCUGCAAGUCUCGUCCCACAAGUGCAAGGUCAUGUACUACACCGAGGUGCUGGCCUCCGAAGACUUCAGGGGGUCCAUGACCAGCCUGGAGUCGUGUCACAGUGGCUUCUCACAGCUCAGCGCAGGCACGACCUCUUCCAGCCAGUCUCAAAGCAGCUCGCUCGUCUCCAGAUAGUCCUCAGGACGCCUAGGCCAGGCUCGCUGUGAGCCAUAGACACAGCAUCCCAACACUGGUAUCUACAUACACAUCAAACAGACACACCUACACACUCCAAGGGCUAUAAAAUCCCAACAACAGGCAGUGGGAAACUUUACGGAAACAGUCCAGUUACCCGAAGCUUGUGUUUGAGAUGCUAUUAUUUUGUAACUGAAGACUCAUGAGUGAUCUAUGCCACUUUCUGUCCAACCAAGAAACAGGAGACACUGUUUUCCUGAAUAUAAUCUGAUUUUACCCUGUAGUAAUGAAUUACAGCAGCUUAGCUGUCUCAUAUGAAAGAGGGCUACCAUUCGAUUUAUGUCACCGAGAUAAUUAUUCAAGAAGGUUGUUUCCUAACCUGGGUUUUUGCACAGAUGACCAGUUCCCAAGCCAUCUUCUGCAACAAUGGCCGAUAAUCCACUUUCGUGAUUCUCGGAGGUCUGUACUUAAAACAGGUUUGACAUGUUCCAUUGUGUUGUAAUGAAGUUUUGUUCCUAUUUGCAUGUUUAGCUGAGGAUUCUGGGGAAAUAAUCUUCUGGGACAAUGCUUCUAAAACAACAACAGUUUAUAGAUCUCACGGGUGUGCUGGACACUUAAAGCUGUUUAAGCUUCUGCUGCAAAUGAUAGAGCCAGCACAAAAAGCCAGAUGUUAAUUCUGCAAUUGUCAUUUACAGCUGUUCAAGAAUAUGAAGAUAUACAUCACGUGGCUAUUAACAGCAUUGAUUUUCUGAAUAUAUGAUACAAUCACUAGCUCAUUGCCCCAGAAGUGCUUUCAGGUGUUUACAUGAACCAGCCCCUAAACACCCCUCACUGCUCAUCAGUCCAUGUUUGGCCAUGUAGACCUGAGACCUGCUUUGCAGACCCAUCAUCCUGAAGGCGGCCUCCAUAUCAGGCCUGACCAGUACAUUGUUUCAAUACACAGAGGUCACCAGGACUUUGCAGGCAAACAUAAGGCCUACUCUGCAAAGCAGCCUGACCUGUAAAUUAACCACAGCAGGCGAUUACUGUCGGGGAUCAGCCCGUGGGCGUACUGAGGAUGUGCAGGACUCGGGGGCACGGCUGACCACCCCCGCUCCGUAUAAACCGCUUUGGGACCCAAACACAUACCAUUCUGACACGCUCAUUAAACUACCUCCAGAAAUAUCCACAGAAUUGAGUCGUAGUGGACGCGGUUGCCAGGCAGCGGACGGCGAUUGCACGUUCUCUUAAAUGUUUAUGAAAUUUAAAGCCAUAGUUAUUUAUGCAGUGGUGUUCUGGGAAAUGUAAUGUAGUGUAAUUGAGAGCAUUUGAAUAAUUAAAUCGACCAACAAAGGGCUUUUUGUACAAGCAAUAUUGACAAAGCACAGUCAGAGCACUAAUGGAAAUCUGUGACCUUUGUCCUAGGUGAGGGGUUUUAUUUACUGCCUUAAACGGGGAGAAGAGUGUGUGAAUGAAGGUUGAAACGGGGUAAAAAGUGACAAUAGAAUAAGCACAUUAGACUCAAGUCUUGAAUUUUUAAAGUCUUUUUUUUUUUCUUUUCUAAGUCUUUUAAUAUCUUCAGUUUAACAAUCAUGGUCAUUUUGUGGUCGUUUUGAGGUCAUUUGGAAAAUUGUGAUGGUGGCAACUGUCUCAUUUGGGUGGCUGUAUGUCCAUUUUUUAUUUAAUUAUUUAAACAAUUUUGGAAGAGCAAGUAGUACUAUAUACACCAGAAAACAGCGGAAUUUUGCUACCAGGAUGCUUCAUUUGUAAGACUGAACACUAAAAUUGAUGAGGCAGUUUUAUGGGGACAGUGAUAUUUAUUGAAUUUUUAAAUGUACAAUACAUGUACAAAAAUGUUUAUUACAAAAAUAAAACUAUGGUAAAUAAA